UCCAAUUUAGUGUCCUCCCUCUAUUCAUAGAACAUUUCCUCAAGUCCACUCUGAAUAGAGGCUGCAUCACAACCAGGGGAUUGCCCUGUCUCCUCCCAGGGCUCUUAAUACAAACUCUUCAACUAGUAAUUGAGGUGUCAUCAGAGGAGAUUUUUCUGAUUGGCCAAAACUUGACCUGACAGGGUUCGGUUUGGGUAUCUUUAGAUUUCCUUGUCUCGAGGUCCUCACAAUUGCUCUAGAGCUCAGAACGGCAACUGCUGAGGCUGCCUUGGGAAGAUGAUGAUCCUAAACAAAGCUCUGUUGCUGGGGGCCCUCGCUCUGACCACCGUGAUGAGCCCCUGUGGAGGUGAAGACAUAGUGGCUGACCACGUUGCGUCUUACGGUGUAAACCUGUACCAGUCUUAUGGUCCCUCUGGCCAGUACACCCAUGAAUUUGAUGGAGACGAGGAGUUCUAUGUGGACCUGGAGAGGAAGGAGACCGUCUGGCAGUUGCCUCUGUUCAGCAAAUUUAGAAGUUUUGACCCGCAGGGUGCACUGAGAAACUUGGCUGUGGGAAAACACAACUUGAACAUCCUGAUUAAACGCUCCAACUCUACCGCUGCUACCAAUGAGGUUCCUGAGGUCACAGUGUUUUCCAAGUCUCCCGUGACACUGGGUCACCCCAACACCCUCAUCUGUCUUGUGGACAACAUCUUUCCUCCUGUGGUGAACAUCACAUGGUUGAGUAAUGGGCGCUCAGUCACAGAAGGUGUUUCUGAGACCAGCUUCCUCUCCAAGAGUGAUCAUUCCUUCUUCAAGAUCAGUUACCUCACCUUCCUCCCUUCUGCUGAUGAGAUUUAUGACUGCAGGGUGGAGCACUGGGGCCUGGAUGAGCCUCUUCUGAAACACUGGGAGCCGGAGAUUCCAGCACCCAUGUCAGAGCUCACAGAGACUGUGGUCUGCGCCCUGGGGUUGUCUAUGGGCCUCGUGGGCAUUGUGGUGGGGACCGUCUUGAUCAUCCGAGGCCUGCGUUCAGUUGGUGCCUCCAGACACCAAGGGCCCUUGUGAAUCCCAUCCUGGAAGGGAAGUGUUACCUACUAAGAGAUGCCUGGGGUAAGCCACCCAGCUACCUAAUUCCUCAGUAACCUCCAUCUAUAAUCUCCAUGGAAGCAACACAUUCCCUUUAUGAGACCUAUGUCAAAUUUUUCCAUUUUUCAUCCAGGGCUGACUGAAACUAUGUCUAAGAAUUGGGAGGCUCUUAUGUUUCAAGCCAAUUUAACCUCAUUUCCCAGACCAUUUGUCAUGUCCAGUAACACAGAAGCAACCAAGUACAUUAUAGCCUGAUAAUAUGUUGAUUUCUUAGCUGACAUUAAUAUUUCUUUCUUCCUUGUGUUCCCACCCUUGGCACUGCCACCCACCCUUCAAUUAAGGCAACAAUGAAGUUAAUAGAUAUCCUCUGCCUUUGGCUCAGAAUUGUUACAGCAAAAAUUUUAAAAUCAAAAAGUAAGUCUGUACUAAUUUCAAUAUGACUUUGGAAAGUAUGACAGAGAAAUAGGUUAGGAUAAAGGAACUUUGAAUCUCAAAAAUAUCAAUAGUGAAAAUUUAUUCUCAAAACUUUAAGUUUGUGAAGAAUGAUGACAGUAGAAAGCUUCCUCUGCCCUCCUCAUCUUGAGGGAAUAAAAAUUCCUUAGGCAGGAAAAGAAAUGGAAGUCAGAAAAACAUUAGAAUAAGACGAUAAUGUGGGUAUCUGAAAAGGAACAAGUACUUAUUCCUCACAUAGGGUUAGUGACAAUGGGGAAAAAGGAUGGGAGUAGAAGCUGCAGACAUAUCUAGGAGCCCUAGAAUAGAGGCGCAGUCUGCCUCACCUCCUGAAUGAAGCUUUGCUAGAUAACCAUGUAGCUUUCCCUGUGCCACCCUGGCAUGAAGGAGACAGUAUAAUAGAUAUGGCUGCAGGAUGUUUCUAGAAAGCAUGCCGAUAAAAAAACAAUGCCAAUAUCUUCAGAAAUCCUCAGCCCUUUCACCUCACCCCUCCUGGCUAAGGAAAGCACUAGCUUAUGAGACAUACCCUAGGAGGAACAACACAGUUGAGACAGUGUAGCAGCAGCUGUGGGUGCUGUGUCCUCCACUGUGUUGGCUGUCUCCUGGCAGAAACUCUUGCAGAGGAAAUGGGUCAGCAGUGACCUCAUGGCUCUAAACAACUAUGAAAUCUGUGAGGAUAUUUCUAACUGCGCUACCUGCAUCAGUGAGUUUAAAUUUUAAUUGGAGAAAAAAAACCAAAACAUUAACGCAGUAAUUGAUACAGUGUAGUUUGGUACAAAGAACCCUAAAUCCAAAUCCAGGACUCAGCACUUUGAAGCUAGUAUUUUAAACUUUAUAAAUGGGUAAAGUAGCUAACAUUUCUGGCCUUAUUUUUCUCAUCUACAAUGUAGGAAUGAUAAUAAUUUCCUCACAGAGUUAUUGAUGGAAUUUGAAUAAUCUUGAUAUAUAGUCAAUGCCUUACAUAUAGUAUAUAAAUACACAAGAAAA